UUUAAGCAUGCCCAAACGAAACCAACUUAGAGUUGAUAUCUUGUAUAUAUUUGUGAUGGACGCCUGAGACAUUUACAUUUUAAGCUUGAGAUAAACAGUUUCACGGGUAAAAGCUACUUGCAUUUCGUUCGAUGAGGACACGGUGAACACGAGCCCGAACAGCCAAACAGACAUAAGAUAGCAAUAUUUAUCGACAUACAAGGCCAUGUAUCGGGAAGCUCUCUGGACAUAGUACUAUAUUUAAGCUGGAAGAUAUAUAUGCAAUGUAUCAAUGUUUAUGAAUGGACGAGAUGUGUUAAACUAAAAAACAAUUGCUGACAAGGUAAUUGUUUACAACUCUAGCGAACAAGGGUAUUAGACGUCAAGUCUGUGAGAGUAACACACAACGGAGAAGCGAAGCAUUGGAUGUUUAUUAUAAAUCUGCAGAUCUAUGUGGACUGGAUUUCACUUAAACAUUUAUAGACGGUGUCUUACGAUUUGUGAGAAAAGUUCUGUAUAUUCAAAAGAAAAUAUUUUCUACAUUUCACCAUUGUGGAUAAAUGGACACUUUACAUGAAUCGAUUUCGCUAGAAGACUUCGUGAUAGCAACAACUUCUCAGGCAAAUUCAGGCAUGACCAUGCACCAUUUGGACACACUUCCCAGUGUCCCCUCCGAAGGGGGGCUCACAUCCCCCUCCGCGCACGUGGGGAUUGUUGAUAGCCUUUCCCCAAGUUCCACCGACACCUCUAUAGAAAAACUCCACACAGAUUCCAGUGAGAAUUCAAAAACGAAAUCGGAAGACAGCGGAACGGAAGAAGAUAAAAAGAAGAAAAGACAACGAAGACAGAGAACACACUUUACCAGUCAACAGCUACAGGAACUGGAGGCGACAUUUGCCAGGAAUCGUUACCCAGAUAUGGCCACGCGAGAGGAAAUCUCCGCGUGGACAAAUCUAACAGAAGCGAGAGUUAGGGUAUGGUUCAAAAACAGAAGAGCAAAAUGGAGAAAAAGGGAAAGAAAUAUGGAAUCAUUCAAAACAGGAUUUGGUUCUCAGUUUACUGGGCUAAUGCAAUCACCAUUUGAUGACACCCUUUAUAACGGAUACCCGAACAACUACUGGGCUACAAAGGUACCAAGUCCUUUGGGAUCCAAGUCGUUUCCUUGGGGCCUAAACUCCGUCAACCCUCAUCUAUCUUCCGUAGUCUCAACGCAGCCGAUGUGUUUUUCUGCACCCUCAAGUAGUAUAAAUAACUCAAUGGUAGCCAAUGUGCCGAACCUUCCAAGCAACAUGACCAACACGGGUGCUCCCUGCCACUACGCCCCUCCAGCCCCUCCGUAUAUCUAUACCCCAAAUAGGGAUCAGUGCACGAACAGUAUCGCUUCCUUAAGACUGAAAGCCAAACAUCACUCUUAUGGUUAUCCACCCGUUAACCCCAGACAGCCCACACUGUCUGCUUGCCAGUAUGCAACAGUAGGUAAUGGCGGCGCCGUAUGAUACCGGAUGUGACGUAGUGCACGGAAACCAAUAUGGAGUGUUUGUCGGUGAUGGGGUACGAACAGAAAAUCUGAUUGAACUCAAUCUGUUUUCGUCCACCUGAGUAAAUGAUCUACUGCAAAACAUACUGUUUGUUGCAUUGGUUUGCAUUUAUCUUGAAUAUUAUUGUUAUACCUGAGGAUCUGAUUUCUCCACAAUGUGAAUCUUGCCACAAAACAGUGUUUUUGCAACAGGCAGCAGAAAUGAUAGAUCUGAAAAUGUACGCCGGUGAGCCGUACAAUGUAUGGGGCGACAUGACGUCAUUCGCGGGAGAAUAUGUCUGAAUUAUCGACAAUGUUGGUGCAGAAAAUAAAACGAAAUCCCAAACUGGACAAUGUUACCGUCUGGUCACGAUGGUCGAUGUUGAACUUUGACCUAAGGUCAGUAUAUGUGAUCUCCUUAUCCGCCAUCAACGCUAUCCUGACCAUGACUUCAGUCAAGGGCGCCACCUAUCGGUGAUCCAAUAUACGUCUCAUAUUUGACGCUUAUGAACAAUGUUUUAUUAUAUUUUGUUGGUUGAAUAGCUUUAUAAAUUUGGUAUAUAUGUAACGAACUCAAUAUUACGUCAUAGUUUGUACGUCACAAAUGCGUGACGUAUAUCACGUAAACUAAUGCCGUUACUAUGACGGCGCUUUCAGGGGCUAAUAUAUAAUGUAUUUAUAUAUCUUAUAUUCUUUUCAACAAUGACAUGUGGUUUGCCGUAAUUUAGUACAAUUAUAUGUUCAUCUGGGUCAUGUAAAUGUUUAGGUUUAGAUCAUCUAGUGACAGAAAUGUACAUCCGAACUUAGAAAUACUUCAAAUCCUGUGAUUUUGGCGAAUAUUCCUUUUUUCGCAAUGGGAUUUAAAAUCGAAAUGAACAAUAACAGUAACUGAUAUGUAUUGAUCUUUAUUUUAAUGAUUGUGUUUUAAUAACCAUUUUCAGCUAAAUUUAAAAUUAACGAACGACGCCCAAAUCACAUGGACGGAAAACUGCAAUGGUUUACAGGAUAGGCAAUUUCACAGACAAAGGAUGUAUGUAUAUAUCAGAUGAUGACAAACUUUGAAAUUAAUCGUGAAUUUUUAUUUCAAGAUAGUAUUGAUCAAAUUCUCACUCAAAGUGAUACGUAGUGCUAAAGGUUAGUAUUCCUUUGAGAUCGUACAUCGAUUUAAUUUUUGUUAUGCAGAAGGGGGCAUUGAGUAAUAUUUGUCUCUAACUGUUAAAAUAUGACAUUAAUAAAGUUUGGUAUAUUAAAAUA